UGAGUGCGUAGCUGAGUUUAAUGUUUUUCAUCACAAAUAAUGGUAAACAUUCAACUUUCAAUUUAUUGCAUAGCGAAAUAAUACUUGUGAUAGACUAUUUUUGAAGAAGAGAAAGAAAAAAGACUUAUUUUUUUACGCAACGACACACCAAGGGAUAGUAAUGGCAGAACAUUCUAUUCCUCUUGACAUUCUUGAUGACCUUAGCAGUCGAUUCAUCAUCAACGUGCCAGAAGAAGAAAGAAAGGACUUGGUCAGGAUUUGUUUCCAAAUAGAAUUGGCUCACUGGUUUUAUCUAGACUUUUAUUGCACCGAAGAAAACCCAAAAUUAAGACAAUGUAACAUGAAAGAAUUUGCUAAGCACAUUUUUCAGCACAUUCCUUUCCUAAAACCUCAUGUAGCUCACAUAGAAUCUGUAAUUGAUCAAUGGAGAGAAUAUAAACAAAGCGUACCUACUUUUGGAGCCAUAGUAUUAAACGAGGAUCUCAGUAAGGUUUUGCUGGUUCAGAGCUACUGGGCAAAGAAUAGCUGGGGUUUCCCUAAAGGAAAAGUAAAUGAAGACGAAGAUCCCUCUCACUGCGCCGUUAGAGAGGUCCUGGAAGAGACUGGAUUUGAUAUAUCAAAUUUAAUAGACAAAAAUGAGUACAUAGAGUCAACAAUAAAUGAUCAAUUAGUAAGACUCUACAUAAUAUCAGGAGUUCAGAAGGAUACUAAAUUCCAACCGAAAACUCGCAAGGAAAUAAAAAACGUUGAAUGGUUUGUUCUAGCAGAUUUACCAAAUAACAAAAAAGACAUGACACCUAAAGUUAAGAUAGGUGUAGGACCAAACGCAUUCUUUAUGGUUGUACCAUUUGUCAAACGUAUGAAACGCUGGGUUGCCGAAAAACAGCAGCGCGAAAAGGGUAUGACAGCAACGAGAAGGCACAGGCACAAAUCUCUCGGAGAUGUAGAAUCUGUUUCUAAAAGUAAACGUCAGCAGCAAAUGAUCUCACAAUCUGCUCAGAAUCCACAUCAGUCUAAUACUUCCCCUGGUCGUAGUCGCCAGAGUAUUCACGAGGCCAAAGGUAAUUCGAUGAAGGGUGCGUUUAAGCGUAACCUAUUUGGUGAACCAGGUGAAGACAAUUCCCCGGCAUCAUUAGCCAAGCAGUUAAUCGACAGUCCGCAAGCUCGCAAUCAAUCAUUACAACGUGAUUUGUUUGGAAGUCCACAAAAUGUUGAAAUUCAUGGCGAACCAAUAACGACAACAACAACAACACGACCGGUAUCGAAUCCUGGUAAACGAGGUGACAAAUUUUACAACAGCGGUAGUAAUUCAAAGUCACAAAAUGUCAGGGUCGACAAAUCAGGUGACAAGACAUUCACGCAAGUAUAUCACAACGGUCAAGUUAAAUCAUUGGACGGCAACAUAAAAUCGCUAUUAUUCGGUGAAGCUGGUCGAAAAUCAUCCAACAGUGCCUACGACUCUCCGCUAUCGACAAAUCCAAAGUCAGUAUCAACUUACAGCGGAGGUGAUCGCAAAAAUACACCACCCACGCCUGUUGAGAUGGUAGACAAUAUCCCUGUACAAUUUCGUUCCAAAGCUUGGUCACAUUUCAAAUUUGAUAAAAGGGCAAUACUGAACUGUCUCUAAAAGUUUUUUUUUCUGUUUUCAACUGAUCAGUUUCAGUUAGUUUAAUGAAACAAUAUGCCAUUUUUCUUUUCUUUUUUUUGUAAGACAGUUCCUCCUUCUCAGACGUACGAAAAAUCUCAUUAUACCUACAACUAAAUUUCCUUUGGAUUAAUUCGUAUGAAAUAUUUGUCAGUGAUUUCUACAAUGAUAAAAAAUUGCAUAAUAAUAAAUUCUAUUUUUAUUAACUA